AUGGCGAUGGAGGCAGCAGACAGAAGUGGUGAUAGUAGUGGUGGUGGUGGUGGUGGUGGUGGUGGUGGUAGAGAAAGAAGUCAGGAACAGCAUCAACUUCUCAUAACUUGCUUGCAAAGGAGUCUUUUCUAUAAAAUUCACCAGGAGGGAUCAGCCAGAUUCACAGCCAGCAUCAAACCACCAGGUCCCUUGUUCCAGCCAGCAGAGACAGCCAAAUAUCCAGCCAACAAUGGGCUCCCUGGCGACGACGAGAUAAAAAAGAGAGAAAAGGAGAAAGACGACGGCCGGACAGUUCUUUGGACCCUACACAACGUCCAUCCGGAGCGACGGCCGUCUGGAGACGACGGAAGAGCCGCGAGAGUGCGAGCGAGCGAGGCGAGACGAAGCCAACGAGCGACUGAACGAGUCUAUUAUCUAUAUCUAGGGACGAAGAGCGAGAGAUGCGAAGACAGAGGACGAGAGCGACAGUCAAUAGAGAGAGAGAGAGAGACAGAGAGCAAGAAGUUGGAAGAAGGAGACGAGGACGAGGACGAGGAAAAGCGGCCGGCCUGGCGGAAGGUUUUCUGGUCCGCCAAGUGUACCUUUUUUCCACUCUGGCUCUGGCUCUGGCUCUGUCCAGGCCGAAGACUUCGUAUCUUUCUUUCCUUGCGGCGGCUGUAUGUCUCUGAUGGCGACUGCUGCGCUCUCUCUGGCCGCUGUCCUGGCUCAAUGGCUCGUCGGGCGUAUAGCAAGCUCGUCGCGAGUUUCACCCGAAGGACGGUGACAUCUACAAACUACGACAAACAACUAGACUACGACAUCGCGAUGCGUUCAAGCCACCCCCAUUUCAUUCCGCGGCCCUGCGCAGCCAGAGCUUGA